GAUAUUGGAUGUAGGAGGCGCGCACUUAUUAUCUCAAGGCCUUCUCAUACCUCAAGGUCUCGUACCCAGCUGUGUAUUCUCACUUAACCUGUCUUAAGUCUUUAUGGACUCUUGAUAUUGUUACGCUUAAAAUAUUUAUUUCCAACAGAUUGAUUUACAGUUCCCAAAUCUCAAUAAUGUAUAAUAUGUCCGUCUUUGCAAUUUGAGAGCUAUUGUUAACGUUGAGAUUACGUUCUUCCAAAUGCUGUUUCUACUUCAGACAAAAUUGUUUUAUGAGUUUCUCAAAAAGCGUUUUUCUGUGAUCAUGCCGACAGCAAUUCACAUUAGAUUAUAUCAUUGCAUAGAUUGGAGAGAGUUUAGCAAAGGGGUCUAUUUUCACACCACAGCACAUUUCAUUGAGGUGUUGAUAAUUUUCUAGUGAAAAUCCUUCCUUCAAUAAUCGUCCGAUUUUCAAAUUUUGUGCACAAUACCUACGGCAUGACUUUUCCAGCUGGUUUUCGAAGUUAGGAUUUUCGAACCAAGUAAUAUGUUUUACCGCUGCUAUUUGUUUCGUACCUUUAAUAAUAUUCUCCCCUUUACCUCGUAGUAAAAAUCUUUUUUGUGUAGUUCUAAGCUAUUUGUGUAUCGUAACUAUUACGGAUAUCCCUAGUUAGUAACCAGUGUAUGGAAUAAAUUGCAUAAGCAAUUAAUUAUGUCGGCCGUUAGUAUUUUUAUCACUUACCAACAUUCCUCCGUUUCCAAUUAAGAAAGUUUUUUUUGUUUCCAGCUUGGCGAAGAGAAAAAACCUAAACCCAGGAAACGAAAUUCUAAGGAAAUUAUCGAAAGUGCAUUUGUCUUGACAGUUGUAGGGAAAACCUAAAUGUUCAGGGUUAUCUAUCAUGUUGCGCAACUUCAAGACACUGUUGUCCACACAUUCCGCAAAUACAGUUUUUCUGCAGAUGAGAUGUAUAUGAAAUCACUCUUAAGCACAUUAAAUCAAAAACGUGUAAAUUUAGAACCGUCAUCUAGGACAGAUGCUUUGGAAAGCACGAUUAAUUCAGCUGUUCCACCGUAUACCAAGGCUUUCAAAAUGCACGAGACUCUCAAGUUUACUAAGUGGAAUUCAGAGAAACACUUUGAGAAACCAGUGUGUGGGUUAUCAUUUACUCAUGCCAAUCCUAAGAGUGUGGAAGUCGCACCUCUAAGAUCAAAUAACUUACUUUGCGGAGUUCAAGAAACCCAGAAGUCUACGCAGUUUUUACCAAAUACCCACAAACUACCAGCAAAACGGAUAAAAGCGUAUAUAAACACUAGCCAAACACCAAAAGAAAGCAUUGAUUUAUUAUGUCAAUGGUUUAAGGAAUUAGAGUUGAACCACUUGGUUCGUAUGCCGCCCUCUUCUGCCAAUCUUGCUGCUUACGUCCCAAAUUGUCCUACCCUAUCACAGCUUGUGAAACUCGGAGUUGAUCUAUCUAAAAUUGAGGCUAUUCCAGGUGUCGCGAAUAUGCUGGUGAAGCUUGAUUUUCAUGAUAUUGAACCUGUUCUAUGGCGACUUUCAGAUUUUGGAUUUAAAGUUGAACAAAUUGCUCGAAUUAUUACAGCGUUCCCCAAAAUACUUAAACUACCAUUAUGCGAAAUCAGUGCCAGAUUAGCUUAUUUCACAGACCGGAAAGUUUCGUCUACAGAUGUUGUAACAAUGAUUAAUCAAAUUCCUAAAGUACUCGAAAAACCGUCCAUCGAAAUAGAUAAAAAUCUUGGUCAAAUAAAAUCACUGAUAAAUUUAAAAAAUUCGGAAGUUGUUGAAGUGAUCACGAAAGAACCUAAAAUCAUUGUACACUCACUACCAAAAAUUAGGGAUAUUUUUGUUGUGCUGUCAAAAAUGAUGGGAUUUCCACAGUCAGUUAUACAUAAGUUAGUUUUAACUAGUCCGAAGAUAUUAAUAACAGAACGUGAACAUCUGUCAGAUAAUUUCAACACUAUGCAUUGGCAUCUUAAUCUCCCAGUUGACCUCAUACAACUAUGGCCAGAAGCUUUGUCUGCAACACCACAUUUACUACGUCAACGAUGCACAUUUCUUGUGCGUCGGAAAUUGUUUCAGCCAGAUCCAACCAAACCUUUGUAUACACCUCUCAGUUCCAUAGUUUUACAAGAAGACUAUGAAUUUUGUCAAAAAUAUGGAUUUACCACUGAAGAGGAUUAUGAUAAUUUUCUGCGAACUCUGUGAAAGUAAAUUGUACAUAAAUGAUAAUCCGAAUAAGCCUUGAUAUUAAA